GCACCUGGCAUUAUCUUAUUCUGUGUGGUGUUGAUACAGUUUCAUCUGUAUUUUUGUCUAUACUUUUAAAAUAAGGGUUCACUUUCAUUAGUAGAAUGACUGGUUUCUGUGUUCUCAUGCCUAUGAAAUUUAUGCCAAGUUGCGUGAGUUGUGAAGUUUUUAUGUUGUGUGCUUAAGGUGUAUGCAUGAUUGCCUAGUGUCAACAGCAAUGUACCAGAAUCACAUAUUUCAUAUGUAUAGUACAUUUCACAUCUUGUCAUUCUCAUUUGAAUUAAUACUGUAUCAUUUAACAGUUUUCUAUAUUCUUAGAUUCCAUAUCCACUAGAUUGAUCACCAAUAAAACCAGUGAUGUCAGUUGCUGUAAUAUGUGGCUUCAAGAGCCUGUAACAUCUUGUAGAAAAUGCUCAAUUGGACUGUUGAUCUAUACGACAUGGCAGUAAGUCAUUGUUAAAAGUGCAGGCUUUUCACAGCUAUCAUCUGCUAGCCAUACUCUUUAGCCUACUUGACAAUUGUUGGAGUUUCAGAAAGCAAUCACAGAAGAAAAUGACCUAUCACUUUCAAGGGUCAGAGUUGUUGCAUUAGAGCUUCCUUAUUUCAGAGCCUAGAGGUCAUACAGUCCUGUGUGUAAAUUAAUCAUGCCUCCUGUAUCUCUUCAGCUUCAGUCAUUUUGAGAUCUAAUGUGGAUGGUUUUAUUGCAGAAGGACAAAUGCUUCAUAAUUGAAAGAAGCCUUUUUGAUAGUGUGUGAUAGUCUUCAUACAUCUUUUUAUUAGGAUGAGAGUAAGACCUUUUCAUAUGGCAUAUGCCUGGAUGUUUGUAUCCUGUAGCCACAUAUCUUUAAAACUGAGGAAAAUGGAAGAAAAAAUAAGGCCAUGUGUUUCAUGCCUUCAGCUUUCAAAGGCUCUUAAUGACAUAGGUGCUUGUUAACUUAGCAGUGUAGCACAUAUGAAGACAAUUUAUGGAAAUUUUUCUGCUUUCAGUUCCUUACCUAGUUCAUUAUGUCCAGUAUCUUGAUGGUAUUCCUGGGCUGUAUAGAGACCAUUUGAUACAACUAGCUCCUGGGAUGUUUAAGUCCAUAUUCUGACGUGUAAUUAUUUUUCUCCUCUAUUUUUUCCGUGGUCUUUUAUGCCUUUUGGAUUUUUUUGAUGUUGUGAUGGCUGUUGUAACUAUAGAAUGACUGAAUGGCUUCCUUACAUCCCCCAGAUAAAAUAAAUUACAAAUUGCUUCCAUUUAUUCCAUGAGAGUUGUGAGCAAUUUUUGUGUACUAGAGUAAGUAAUUAUUUGCCCUUUCCAUGGAGUUAGAGAUUUGUAGUGUUAAUUAAAAAAAAAACCAGCCCCCGCCCGCCCCCAAAAAACCCACUCAUGCCUACCCAAACAAGCACCAGGUAAUGUGUGACCCCCCGCUGCCACCCGCUUCUGAAAAAAAAAAAGCCCACCCUGCCAAACAGGUCCACAAACAUUUAUUCCCUAUUGUUUUGUAUUUGGUUUUGGUAUGACUUUGGAGCUUAUCAACAAUAAUACUAACUUGAUAGUAUCACAUGGUCACAAUGUGUUAUUUGUAUUAAUUCAGUUGAAAAAAAUCUGUAAAAUGAGAACAGUAGAAAAAAUUAGUGCACUGUAUUCUAGUUUCCAUAGUUUUGUGGUGAUUUCAAAACAUAGGUUUAAUGCUUUUGGAGCUAGGGGUGCAAACAGGUUGCUUUUUAUCUAUGAAGACAGCAUAUAACCUGCAAAACCAAAAUAUGAUAUUAGUAUAAUGAGAGAAAAAAGUCUUUUAAAAUACCUUUGUAAUUUUAAAUUUUUUAUGGUCACCUCUGAGUAGUAGAAUAAAUAAUUCCAUUCUGUAUUCAUCUCCUUUACUGAAAAGUGUCUUAUGUACCUGUUAUAUAUAGUGCAUACUUUAACAUACUGUCACUGAGCUUGCUGGAUUGUUUUACUUUUUUUCAUUAUGGUCUUGCACGUUCAGGCAAAGAAAGUAUGCCUGUAUUAAUGUAAUGAUGCUAAAUUCUCUCCUGUUUAAUCAUUAGAUAAAUAGAGAGGGUAUUUUUCUAAAAUGUGGUGUUCUGUUAAAUUCUUUUAUUAAGGGGCAUGCAACCUGAGCUAUGAAAGUAUAGUUUGUUCCAAGUGACAGCCAGUUUUUAUUAGAUGUUCCUGCAGUUUUACAGAGGAAAUAAAACUCCUUUGUUUCUGUAGUACCCGUUGAUUUUUCUUUCAAGGCUAUGUUCACAAUGCUGAUAAGAGCUAUGCAAUUAGAAUCUACAUUUAGUAGUAAGCAGAGAAAUUUUGUAAAAUAAAAAGUGUUGUUCAUACAGUGUUAAAAUAUUUUGCAGUGUUGCUGUACUUGAAGCACUGAAAGUAGGAGGACAGGAUACUUGAAAGGUCGAAAAAUGAGAGAACAAAUGAUGCAAAAAGAAAAUGACACUGAGGUCUUGGUUUAAUACAAAUGUAUUCCAGGUUGAUGGCUGAUUUCAUUAGCAAAUCUCAUUGUUAUGCAAUGUCUGUUCUUCUGCAGCAAAAUGAAUAUUGUAUUCUCAGAGUGUCUGUGUGUGUAUGUGUACUUUGAUGGUAGAUAAAGAAUAUGUUUAUUGUUGUUACAAGCUUUUAUAACUUCUGAAAUAUUGUUAUAGUUUCAAAAUAAUUUAUUUUCAGAUUUCCAAUAAUGUGGUAAAUUAAUGGUUAUUUUUAUGGAAAAUAGCAGUUUAACCCUCCUUCUAUGUAUAUUUCUGUACCUAUGUGAUCUUUUCUCCAAAAUCUUGUUUGACCAAAUAACAGUUAACACUGAAUUUAUCCCCCCAAAUACAUAUAUGUAAAGAAAAUUAAGAAUAUUGGUUUCUGUAAUGCUUUUUAAAAUGGGUGUUAGUAAUGUAUGCAGAACACGGAAAUAAACCUCAUCUUGGUGUCAAAUCUCAUAAAUCUCAAAUGACUAAAUUUUAGUAGAUUAUACUGAAAAAUAUUAACUUUAUGGUAAGCUAUAUAAACUUUAUUAUGAAAUGACAUGAUUUGGUACAUAGGACAGUGUGUUCCUUGAGAUCCUGAUAUGCUUUAGUUUGGGGUUUUUUUUAAGUUUGUUUUUUCCAAGUUGCUAGUUAAAACCAUUUAGUUAUGCUAAGACAUUUUGUUAAUCAAAAAUGCUAAGAAUGAAAAGGAAUAUACAAGAAUGCUGUGAUACAGCAAAAUGAAAAUGUACUGAAAUUAUUUAAUUUAGGUUUUUUUUUUCUGUGCUCUUUGAAUAUUUAUUCCAUGUAUAUAUAUUUUGUGGGGUUGAAAUCUAGCGGCAAAUGGUUGAAAUGCUACUAAGUAAGUGUUAGUUUGUAAUUUUUUGUAGUUCUGUGAUGAGUUUUAGGUAACGAGCUUGCAUGAAGAAUGAUUUUGAGCACUGAAGUAAUGCAAAGAAUAAGCUAGUUUUCUGGGGUUUUGUGUGACUUCUUAUGUGCACUGAAACAAUUCUGUACUUACUAGGGUUUUGGUAGAGAUGUAUUUCAUAAGAGUAGAAUAUGGCUCUGAGUGAUGGUUCACUGGUAGCUACUGUGUUCAUUUCAAAUUCAAGAUACUAUAUCAGGAUCAAAUUGACAGAUGCAGUGUUCAUGCAUUUUAUGAACAAUUCAAUGAGGACCAAAAGGCCUUUAAAAUAAAGCCAAACCAUGAGCAAUAUGACCCAUAAAUGUGACUGGGAAAUGUAGGCGGUAGAAGGAAGGGAGGAUUGUUGCCUCUCUCCUCCUUGGGAAAGGACACCUCUUUCCCUUGGCUUUGGUAAGGACUAUAACCAAUGUAAGGAUGCAGAUUCCUUCCUGUCAGCUGAUGGGUUUUAAAGAUUAGUUGAUGUAGUUGUUUUGGUGGUGAGAAACUAUUUGAAGUAAGGUAAUCAGUCUCUUGUGAUGCACCUCUGUUUUCGGUUUGGGGACCAAACUUUAGACCGAUCCAGUGAGUUCUAGUGGUACUCAGUGUAACAGCAGAACUCAAGAGUGGGCUCCGUACAGUAGCAUAUGUAAGGAAAAAAUGGUACCUAGUCUUGUAAGUGUUGUCAGAGUCUGAAUUUACAGGGAUGCAAGUAGGACUUGGUUUGGUGUGCCAUUGCUUGAAGGUCUCUGAGGAGUAAAUGGUAGUUGAGACUUCUGUUUCAGGCUGAAUGAGGGGAAGAAAGUUGGUUGUUGGGCCUGUCCUUUGUGGACACUUCCCACCUCCUGCCAAUCUGUUGUAGUUUAGUUGGAGGUCACUUCUAUUAGCUUGUUAGAUUUUUCUUGAAUAAGAAGAUUAUUUAGAGUCACAGUUAUUCCUUAAGUAAUGAAUUAACCCUUUUGUGUCCUCCUUAUUGGUCGAUGCAGUUAGUGUCAGAGUAUUCCAGCUAAAAUAGCUAGAAGCAAAAGGCAGAGUUAAUGCUGCAUCUGAAACUUUUAAAAAUAAGCAUAUUGAUUUAAUAAACUGCAGAAAGUUUGUGCUCUCCAACACCAUUGAUGCAGGUUGUGUUCACAGAUGACACUGGAUUCAGAUAUCGGGCGUAUAUUCAUAAAUGUUUGCUAUUUUGAGCAAGUAUUGCUACUAUGAAGUAACGUGAUUUUUGCAACAAUUUUGAAGAUGGAUCAAGUUCUGAUGUGAAAUGUAGAUCUCUGGCUUUGUUAGCAUUCACUGCAGGUUCUGCAGGGAUUACAUGUUCUUCUCAAGUGUGUGUAAGCAACAUUCGUGGCUUAACUGCUUUUAUAUUUCUUUAUCACAGGGUAAACUGAGACGUUCUAAAUCAAAAUGUGUGGAAUAGAGCUACCUCAAUGAUUAUAGAUAAUUCCAGAUAGACUGAAAUCUAGUCGGUGAAGUUUUCAGGAUUUUGUAAUUUCUUUAUGACCAUAGAUUUAAUUCCCAUGGGCCGUGUUUGAAAUCUCAGUAGAGGAGCCCUUCAGUAUUUUACUUAAUGUUAUCAUAUGUAUUGUUUAGUAAAAAAUUUAAUUUUUUCAUUUACGUAGUUUACCUAAUAAUACCCAUAGCUAGAGAUGUAUUCAAUACCCAUAUUUAUACUUAGAAUUUGCUAUAUAGAAAGUGGUACUGUUAACAAAAGAAAAUCUUUCACAAAGACAGUAACUCUGCAUUUUGAGGCCAUGCCAUUUCAUGAGGGCAGGGGCUGAUGAGUAUUUGAGAUACAGCUGGAGUAGUUGAUUUCUUAUAUCAUAUUAGGUCAGUUUUAUAAACAUAUUUUUUUUCAUGAAGCUGAGGUGUUUGACCACCAGUGUUUUGGUAGCCUGUAAAAACUUCUGUCUGAGAACAAUUGCUGAAUCUUUGUUACUCUCCUGCUGACUUACAUGGAGGCAGUGGGUUGUAGUUCGGUAUAUUUAGCCUCUCUGAUGGCUACAGUGAUAGAAACCAGAUCUGUGCUUUUAGUGUUUCACUGUCUGUUACUGGAGUAAGGUCUGGUUGAGCCUUGGGUUUGGAGAAUAAGUAUGGACCUUCUGUUUUGCUGCUUCCAGUGGCAUGUUUUUGUUUCUCUCUCCUUCAUUGCUCUGUCAGUGCUAAACAGCUAUUCCACACUAAGUAUUUUUCACAUUAUGAGCUAUAUGGAUUGAAACAAUUUUAGAAAAAUCAUCAUUUAUGAGCUAUUAUUUUAAGACGUGGAACUAUUCUACGUGAUUCUCCUGGAGUCAUACAAGAACCAAAUUAAUCAUGGCUGUAUGUUAGCAUGCAAAUUUCUGAUAUUAGCAGAUUGAGGAUUUAGAUCAUGGUCUCCUUAAUCUUGCAGUGAUACUAGUACCAAACUACCCCAAUUAAAUACAGCAUAUAUUGCUUUUAAAAACUAUUUUAAGACUACUGUGAAGAGUGCUGCUGAUAGUCUUUAGUUUUGCAAAGGCUUUUCUCAUUUGAUGGUUUGGAAUUCUACUGUUCUCUUCAGAAACCCUGUACAUGGUUUGACAGAACUACUUUUUUGCAAGACAGGAAGCAAAAAAUCGUGUGAAUGAAAUGCUGAUGUUUUGGUGUAGUUCAACUUAAGGCAAUGAGUUAAUAUGCAAGUGUCUGAUGAGGAAAUUGUGGCUGCACUAGUUAUGUCUGUAACAAUCACAGCCUGCAAAACACACACCUUCUUGGUGUGUUGUUUUGAUUGCAGAGAUCCCUCUUGAUGUAUGUUUGGUUAUUUGGGAGAUUGUGGGGACAGAAACACUUCUUCAUUGGCAGAGGCUGCAUUUUCACUGUCAGUGUUUGCUGAUACAGAUGAACCCCUUCAUACUGCAUUAUCUUUCCAGUAAUGCUUUCUGUAUUUUUUUAAGAGUUUCCUUUUUUCUUUUGUAAUUGUGAAAAAUGGCUGCCAUGUAUUUCUAACAUUGUUAUUAGAAACUUUUUUGGUGUCUUGUUUCUUGAUUUGUUUUUUCAGACAUGUUACUUUGGUGUGUUCCCCAGGUUGUCUUUGAUGCUGUUGAAUUUCUGAGAGAGGAAGAAUUGAUCCACUGCCCCCAGCCCCCAGUACCUUUGCAUCUCUCUACUGCCAUACAAAUGAUUUUUCUUGAUUUUUCUCAGAUUACAUGUUGUGGUUCAGGCCCUUGUGCUGUUAUUUUAGGUCACUGUAACAGUUUCACUUGUAUCAACAGAUUGUCUAGUAAGUUAACUGUAGUGAUCUCUUGCAGAAAUUCUGUAUUCUGUUUUCUUACCAAAUACUUUAUUCUACUUGCUUAGGAGAAGUGAGCUUUUAGUUCUGUUAGUCAAGGGUUUUUUUGGGUGGGGAGUGUUCUUACUUAUUUUUUUUGGGGUUGCUUUGUCUUUUUUUUCCCCUUUAAUUUUCAUAGUAACCUAGUACCCUCUUCAGUUCCACCAUGAAAAUACAGUUUUUAAACUGAAGCUUGUGGAAAUUAGUUUUUGGAAUGAUUAUAGGUAGGGAACAACCUGUAAUCUCUUCUCACUGAAUCAUUGCCAUGUAUUUAGUCCAUAUGCAACUAUUUGAUUUGUGGAGGAAAAGUUUUUGGCAGUUUCAAGAAAAGUAAUUUGAUUUUUUUUCUUUUAAAAUUGUGUUAAUUUUCAUGAUUUCUGCAUAUUGUUAGUAGAUUUAAUUGUGCUUAAAUUCACAUGCAGUGAUUAUAAUUUGUUUUCUUAGUUUCAGAUUUUUCCAGGGCUGUUUCAGGCUGUAGUUUCAUAGCACUUUUACAGACCAAAACAACUUGGGGAGCAGUUUGUUCUGGAGAGAGAGAGAGUGUGUGUGUACAUAUGCAUAAUCUACAUAAAAAUAGAGAUAUUUUCCUUGGGCUUGGCAUAAACGAGAAAACAAUGCAGCCUGGCACUGAUGCUUGUGUAACACUGGGAAAAUUUUCCUUUAUAGUUCAGUUGGUCUUAUGUUUUUCUGCCACCUUUUCCCCUCAUGUAAUUAAAGUACAGAUAAAGCUGCAUACUUCACUUGAGCUGGUUUUGGUUCGUGAGCAGCUGUGUUACUGGUGAUCCAAGUGCUCCACCUGCCUUUCGGUUUGUUUACCAGGAAAUCAAGAUGUGUAAACUGCAGGAAGCACUGUUUGACCCUCUCCGACAGUAUCUCAUUACAAUAAUUGCUAAUCUCUGAAUAAGACAGCCAUGUUUUGUGUGUAACACAGAGGGAGCUUGUGGCAGAUUUUUGAUGCUUCCUUAAAUACAGCUUUGUCAGUGCUUGCUUGGAUUUCGUUUUCAGGAUAGUUUUUGACAAUAGGCAUCUGGCGACCUUUGGGCUCAGCGAACUCGGACAUGAUAGCAUGUGUGCUGUCUUCCUUCUUGACUGAAAAAGAAAGCAAACAACAAAAACCUCCAAGACCAAACCAACGCCUGUUUUUGGAGUGCUGUCAUUGCUCUGUAGCGACAGGAUAAUGGCUACUUCCUGAUUAAACCCCUCUCCACAAUAUGGAGUCUGGAGAGCGGUUAACGUCAUCAUCAGUCUCCUCUACUGCAGCUGCUUCCACUCCAGCAUCUUCAGCACCGUCGGUAACUUCAGAAGUGUCGAAAGGUGGCCUUUCCUCUGGAGCCACGACACUGAACUCCACAAUCAACACAUGUGAAUGGUGGCGAACAGCAGACACGCACUCUCGUCCUGGGGCAGCUUUUUUCCCACCACUCUUGGGAAUUCCCACAUUGUUUGCUCCUCCUGCACAGAAUCAUGAUUCUGCUUCAUUCCAUUCAAGAGCUACAGGAAAAAGUAGUCGGAGCACUACAGACAAAGGUAUGAAUGGAUCACUGAAUGGCAGCAGUACCACUGCAGUCUCAGCCCUCAGCACGUCCGUGCUCUCCACUAGCAUUGCAACAUCGGCAGGAGCAGUGAAAAAUGUGACCUCAGGAGCUGGAGGACGCAAAUACAACCAGGAGCAAAGCAAAGUUCAGCUUUUGGACACCAGGGCUGACAAAAUCAAAGACAAGAAGCCCAGAAAAAAAGCAGUGGAAAGCUCCAGUAACAGCGACAGUGAUUCGGGCUCCUCUUCAGACACCUCAAGUGAAGGUGUAAGUAGUAGUGACUCUGAUGACCUAGAGGAGGAUGAAGAGGAGGAGGAGGAGGACCAGAGUGCUGAAGAGAGUGAAGAUGAUGAAUCUGAUUCCGAAAAUGAAGCACAUCACAAAAGCAAGAACAAGGUGCUAAUGCAUAGUGGUGUAACAGAUAUGAAAACCGAUGGACAAAAGUCACAGGACAAAUCUCAAGAAAAAAGAACACACCAGCAGAUACCUCUUGUGUCUGAUUCCCAGACUCACUCAUCAUUCCAGUCCCAGCAGAAGCAGCCUCAGGUUUUGUCACAGCAGCUUCCGUUUAUUUUUCAAAGCUCUCAGGCAAAGGAGGAAUCUGUGAACAAACACACAAGUGUAAUACAGUCUACGGGAUUGGUUCCUAAUGUGAAACCUUUGUCUUUGGUACAUGAAGCCAAAAAGGAGACCUAUUUAAAACUCAUAGUUCCUUCCCCUGAUCUACUCAAAGCAGGGAAUAAAAAUACCUCUGAAGAAUCUGUCACUUUGACCAGCGAUGUUAGAUCUAAACGGGAACAAUAUAAACAGACAUUCCCAGCACAGCUAAAGAAACAGGAAUCGUCUAAGAGCCUGAAGAAGGUUAUUGCAGCUUUGUCAAGCCCCAAACCAACAUCUAGCUCACCAGCUCAUCAAAAACUCACAUCCUUGGAAAACAACCAUUCUAACCCAUUCCUGACAAAUGCACUUUUAGGUAAUCACCAACCCAAUGGAGUUAUUCAGAGCGUCAUCCAGGAGGCUCCUCUUGCACUCACUACGAAACCGAAACCCCAGACCAAGAUCAAUGAAAGUGUAGCCAUUUCCAGUAGUGCCCCCUUUUCUUUGCCAAUAAACUUGAGUGCAUGUGGGAAAAAGCCAACUGGUAACCGGACAGCUGUUAUGCCCUCUACCUCUCCUGUGUUACCUGGUUCAGGAAAGGAUAAAGCAGUCAGCAAUAAUGCAGUAAAUGCAGUAAAACCACAACACCGCCUUCAUUCUGCAAAGCUGGUGGUGGAGCAGUUCAGAGGGGUAGACUCAGAUGCCCCCAGCAGUAAAGACUCUGACGACUCAAACGAUGAUGACGACGAUGAUGAAGAUGAAGAUGAGGACGAUGAAGAAGAUGAUUCUGAUGAUAGCCAAUCAGAGUCUGACAGUAAUUCUGAGUCAGAUACAGAAGGGUCUGAGGAGGAAGAUGAUGAGGAUGAUAAAGACCAAGAUGAAUCGGAUACUGACACUGAGGGAGAAAAAGCCCCGCUGAAACUGAGUAAAACUUCAUCCUCUGUGAAGAGCUCUUCCAUCGGUCUUGCAGCUCAUUCCACCCCCCUUAAUCUCCAAGUAGCAAAGACGUCGAGCUCGACACCAGCUGCCUUGUGUCCUGAGUCCCAGCCUGCAGUGUUCCUCGGGACAGCAGCCUCCACCCUCACGCCAAGUGCACAUUGUGGUAUUUCAAAAAGACGAAGAGUAGCAGAUGAACGGGAGCUGCGUGUUCCUCUUGAUUAUGGCUGGCAAAGAGAAACCAGAAUAAGAAACUUUGGUGGUCGUCUUCAAGGAGAAGUAGCAUAUUUUGCACCUUGUGGAAAGAAGCUGAGACAGUAUCCUGAAGUAGUAAAGUAUCUCAGCAGAAAUGGAAUAAUGGAUAUCUCAAGGGACAAUUUCAGCUUCAGUGCAAAAAUAGGAGUGGGUGACUUCUAUGAAGCCAGAGAUGGACCGCAGGGUGUGCAGUGGUGUCUUCUGAAAGAAGAGGAGGUCAUUCCCCGUAUCAGAGCUAUGGAGGGGCGUAGGGGACGCCCCCCAAAUCCGGACAGGCAGCACUCCAGAGAGGAGUCGAGGACCAGGCGCCGCAAAGGCCGACCUCCCAACGUUGGAAGCGGUGAAUUUCUGGACAACGCUGACACAAAGCUUUUGAGAAAGCUCCAGGCUCAAGAAAUAGCUAGGCAAGCAGCACAAAUAAAGCUACUGAGAAAGCUUCAGAAGCAGGAACAAGCACGAGCUGCCAAAGAAGCAAAAAAACAGCAAGCUAUUAUGGCAGCUGAAGAAAAGCGAAAGCAAAAGGAGCAGAUAAAGAUAAUGAAGCAACAGGAAAAAAUUAAGCGAAUUCAGCAAAUUAGAAUGGAGAAAGAACUUCGAGCUCAGCAAAUUUUGGAGGCAAAAAAGAAAAAGAAGGAAGAAGCAGCAAAUGCCAAAUUAUUGGAAGCGGAAAAACGAAUAAAGGAGAAGGAGAUGAGAAGGCAGCAGGCUGUUCUUCUGAAGCACCAGGAGUUGGAGAGGCAUAGACUAGAUAUGGUAUGGGAACGAGAACGGAGAAGACAACAUAUGAUGCUUAUGAAAGCCAUGGAAGCACGUAAAAAAGCAGAAGAAAAAGAGCGGCUAAAGCAAGAGAAACGUGAUGAAAAAAGAUUAAAUAAGGAACGUAAACUGGAACAGCGAAGAUUGGAAUUAGAAAUGGCAAAGGAGCUAAAGAAACCUAAUGAAGAUAUGUGCUUAGCAGACCAGAAGCCUUUCCCAGAGCUGCCUCGCAUCCCAGGCCUCGUUCUUGAUGGAAGCACAUUUUCAGAUUGUCUCAUGGUAGUGCAGUUCCUGCGUAACUUCGGUAAAGUUCUUGGCUUUGAUGUAACCAUAGAUGUUCCCUCCCUGAGUGUUCUUCAAGAGGGUUUGCUCAACAUAGGGGACAGCAUGGGAGAAGUACAGGACUUGCUUGUGAAACUUGUCUCUGCGGCUGUGUGCGAUCCUGGACUUGGUACAGGAUACAAGGCUAAAACUAUUCUUGGGGAACACUUACUGAAUGUUGGUAUCAAUCGAGAUAAUGUGUCUGAGAUUCUGCAGAUUUUCAUGGAGGCUCAUUGUGGGCAAACAGAGCUGACAGAGAGCUUGAAGACAAAAGCUUUUCAGGCACAUUCUCCAGCUCAGAAAGCAUCAGUACUUGCUUUUCUGGUCAAUGAGUUAGCAUGCAGCAAAAGUGUAGUAAGUGAAAUCGAUAAAAACAUUGAUUAUAUGUCAAACUUAAGGAGAGAUAAAUGGAUGGUUGAAGGCAAACUUCGGAAGCUUAGAAUCAUUCAUGCCAAGAAAACUGGUAAAAGAGAUGCUGCGGGGAGUGGGGACGGAGGCGAGGAGCUCCAUUCCCUGGAGACGCCCGCACCCGGGCGCAAGCGCCGGCGGAAGGGAGGGGACAGUGACUACGACGACGACGAUGAUGACGACAGCGAUGAGCAGGCAGAUGAGGAUGAUGAGGAUGAAGAGGACAAAGAUGAUAAAAAAGGAAAAAAGGCAGAAGUUUGUGAGGAUGAGGAUGAUGGGGAUCAGACAGCAAGUGUUGAAGAAUUAGAGAAGCAGAUUGAAAAGCUGACAAAGCAACAAAGCCAGUACAGAAAGAAGUUAUUUGAAGCUUCGCACUGUUUGCGUUCAAUGAUGUUUGGUCAGGACCGUUACAGGCGCCGGUACUGGAUCCUGCCCCAGUGUGGUGGUAUUUUUGUGGAAGGCAUGGAAAGUGGUGAAGGUCUAGAAGAAAUUGCAAAAGAAAAAGAGAAGUUAAAAAAGGAGGAAAGUAUGCACAUCAAAGAAGAAGAAUUUGAAUCAGAAGAAAAAAUGCAUUGCUUAGCUACAACUCACUGUGAGCAAAAGGAAAAUCUGAAAGAAAAGGACAGCACUAACCUGUUUUUACAAAAGCCAGGGUCAUUUUCAAAAUUAAGCAAACUGUUAGAGGUAGCAAAAAUGCCACCUGAGUCUGAUACUAUGUCGCCAAAACCUAAUGGCAGUGCAGCAAAUGGCUGCACGUUAUCCUAUCCAGGUAACUCCAAAAACUCUCUCUGCAGUCUUCAACCCCCUGCAUCACAAAGCUCCAUUGAGAAGCCUGAGUCUAAUAAUCUUUUCAGUCCGAAUGCCAGUGGGACAGGAAAGUUUUACAGUUCUCCACUAAUUCCAAAUGAUCAGUUGUUAAAGACUCUUACUGAGAAAAGCAGACAGUGGUUCAGCCUCUUACCGCGGGUGCCCUGUGAUGACACUUCGGUCACCCACGUGGACACACCAGCCACUACAGCUCCACUCACUCCUCAGUCACAUCCACCAUCAAACUCACCAUCACCUGUUCCAUCUCCUCUUCUGGGCUCAACCUCUGCACAGAGUCCCAUGGGAUUAAGUCCUUUUGCGUUGUCGCCGCUGCAGCAGAUGAAGACAGGACUACCUAUAAUGGGACUUCAGUUUUGUGGAUGGCCUACAGGAGUUCUUACUUCAAAUGUUCCAUUUCCAUCUCCUUUACCUGCUCUUGGAUCAGGGCUGGGAUUAUCAGAAGUGAAUGGUAACUCAUUCUUGGCAUCUAGUGUUCCUGCAAGUAAAAGUGAAUCACCAGCAGUACAAGCUGAAAAAAUAGCUUCUGCCCCUUCUACAGCAGCUGAAGUGGCCAAGCCUGUAGAUUAUCCUAACCCAAAGCCUAUACCGGAAGAAAUGCAGUAUGGAUGGUGGAGGAUUACUGAUCCAGAGGACCUAAAAUCUUUGCUUAAAGUGCUGCAUCUCAGGGGAAUAAGAGAAAAGGCCUUACAAAAGCAAAUACAGAAACACAUGGAUUAUAUCACUCUGGCCUGCAUCAAAAACAAGGAUGUUGCAAUUAUUGAUAUCAAUGAAAAUGAAGAUAACCAGGUAACUCGGGAUGUUGUGGAAAACUGGUCAGUAGAAGAACAAGCUAUGGAGAUGGAUCUUGCUGUUCUUCAGCAGGUGGAAGAUCUAGAGAGGAGAGUUGCAUCAGCUAGUUUACAAGUUAAGGGUUGGCUGUGUCCUGAACCUGCAUCAGAGAGAGACGACUUGGUAUAUCGUGAACAUAAGUCAAUUACUAGAUUGCACAAGAAGCACGAUGGCGAUUGUGCUGGAGGCGGAGAAGGCAAUGCCAGCUCUCUAGAGCGGAGGAGUGACAACCCUCUAGAUAUAGCUGUAACCAGGCUCGCUGACUUGGAGCGGAACAUAGAGCGAAGGUAUCUGAAGAGCCCCUUAAGUACCACCAUUCAGAUCAAACUGGAUAAUGUGGGCACAGUUACUGUCCCUGCUCCUGCACCAUCUAUUAGUGGUGAUGGUGACGGAACUGAAGAGGAUAUUGCUCCAGGGCUAAGGGUGUGGAGAAGGGCACUGUCAGAAGCACGCAGUGCUGCCCAGGUAGCUCUGUGCAUUCAGCAGUUACAGAAAUCAAUAGCAUGGGAAAAAUCCAUUAUGAAAGUUUACUGCCAAAUUUGUCGAAAGGGAGAUAAUGAGGAACUGCUGCUCCUUUGUGAUGGUUGUGAUAAAGGCUGUCACACUUACUGCCACAGGCCCAAGAUCAGCACCAUCCCAGAUGGGGACUGGUUCUGUCCUGCCUGCAUAGCAAAGGCAAGUGGUCAAACUCUAAAGAUAAAAAAACUUCAAAUUAAAGGUAAAAAAAGUAAUGAACAAAAGAGAAGCAGGAAAUUAGCAGGGGAAACAGAGGAUGAAGACUCUGCAACUACAAGUGUUGCCUUAAAAAGAGGAAAAACAGACCCUAAAAAACGAAAAAUGGAUGAAAAUGUUUGUGUAAGCCAGUUAAAGCAAGAAACCUGCACUGCUGUUAAGAAACCUAAGAGAGAUGGAGACUCCAAGGACCUGGCUAUAUGCAGUAUGAUUCUCUCAGAAUUGGAAACUCAUGAAGAUGCCUGGCCUUUCUUACUUCCUGUAAACUUGAAACUUGUUCCUGGUUAUAAGAAAGUUAUUAAAAAACCUAUGGACUUUUCUACCAUUAGAGACAAGCUAAGUAGUGGACAGUACCCUAACCUUGAAGCAUUUUCGCUGGAUGUCAGGCUUGUUUUUGACAACUGUGAAACUUUCAAUGAAGAUGAUUCUGACAUAGGCAGGGCUGGCCACAACAUGAGGAAGUAUUUUGAAAAAAAAUGGACAGAGAUUUUCAAAGUGAGCUGAAGCUACUAGGACUCUUUUUUUCUUUUUUUUUUCUUUUUUUUUUCCUUCUUUUAAAUGAGGACUGAUAAGACCAGCAAUGUGAACUAUAUUUACAUGGAAGUGCAAGGCACAUACGUAACUAAUUUUUUCCUUCAAAAUAUCACGGUGUUGUGAUACUAGUUUUAAAGGCUUCACUCCUACAGCAACCAUGGCCCCUUGGUUAUUGGUUUGUGUGUUUUAACAAACUAAUUUAGGUAGAACAGGGAAGCACACCCAAAGAAUUUCAAAGAAAGGGGUGUUAUAGUGCAAUAGCAAUUUAUCAAAACGCACUGAAUAUUCAACCACCAGAGCUCUACUUGGGGAAAUGGUUCUCUUUUCCCUUUCAAUAAAUAUCUAUUUUUCAUUUUUUUUACUUUGUAGUUUAUUUUUUAGUGAAUGUAUUUAAUUUUAUGAAUUAUUUAUGAUUAUACAGCAUUCAGAAUCUUCGUUUUCUGUGAAAAGGAAGAACUAGAAAAUUGCUUUAAAUAUUGAAAAUACAACAAGGAAUGUUUUAAAAUAUAAAACAAAGCCAAGUAAAACUGUUUACACUGAUGUGCUGUGAAGGCACUAAAAAUUAAACUUUACUGUAGAGUUACAAGUACAUUUAUAUAUAUGUUGCUGCAUCACUUGUGUAGUUAAAUUGUAUUUCAAGACAGUGAAGAAAAAUUGAGACAUGUAUAUACUGUUCAUUAUUGUUUAUAUUAAGUCUUGUUUUAAAUAUGUAUGAUGUGUACAUAUUGUUUGCAGACAUUUUUGUUCAUGCCUUAGGAGGAUGGUAGCAUUUUAUUUUAGUCUUAAGGUAAUUAUAGCUCUAUGGCUUGUACAGUAAUUAUCCUCUACCAACACUGUGGAGUCUCCUUAAUCUUGGUAGUGCCUGCCUUUAAAACAGGGUGUAGGGGAUAUUAGUUUUCCAUUUUUCUAUUUUGUUAUAUAAUUUCAAGCCCCCUCGGCCUCAAAUCCAAGUAUAAUCAUUAUUUGUAUCCAUGUGGAAGAAAAUUGUGACAAUUUCCUACACACACAGUAUUUUUUCAUAGAAACAUUUCCUCCAUUUGCCUUGCCACAGAAUAACAAAGGAAGACAUUUGUAACCACUGUGUUUUAUCUACUGUGUGUUGUGGUGGCCUGUUGGGGCACAUAGAUCGGAUUUUUUUUUGUACUAAUGUAAGAGUACUUGAAGUUUUAUUUAAAAGAAAUGUUGUGGAAAGGUAGCAUUCUUUUUCUUUUCCCUUUUUAGGAGUGUUAUUUUUCACUAGUAUGUGUGGCACGGAUACAAUAAAAGACUGUUUUGCAAACCA